AUGCCAAGUGCAAUAUCUGUACAAAAUGUUCAGCCUCCACUUGGUGUGGAAAUUGUCCAUGUGACGUCUGUAAUACUGACUAUGGAGUUGUCAUCGAGCAGUGAGCAAAAGAGUAGAGCAACGCGCGGCACGAGAGACAUGGACUUACGGGCUUUACGACCCGUGACUGAUCAACCAGAAGAUAUGGAAUUUCCUAUGGCGGAUGACGUCCAAACCGCGACCAUGCAAGAGCAGGCUAUGCUACUAGACAGCAUACGAGGAACGAUGGCUGAUGCACCCUUCCCGACUGGGGACGAGCUGCUGCAUAUGAAUCCUCCCACAGCAAUUCCCCAGCGUAUCGACAGUGGCACGGCAUCCGCAGAUGACCAACUAAGCAAGGGAAACGCAGAGCAGCACGAGCUCAGACAGCCCAUAUUGGAACUGAUUGACUCAACACUCCGUACGGCAAUAUGCGAGAAGCCGCCCAGGCUUCCGUCCGGUGUCAAAAUCACCCGCGACGACGUUACCAAGCUUGCCGCCGUUUUCCCCGCCUUGUGGCGGCCUAAUUAUCUUAAACUAGUUUCGGAAAGGGCGCCAUUCCUACCGACCAUCGCACAUGCUCUUUCUCGCUCGCUUCCCUCUAAUGCAAGGUCAGCUUCGCUCAAACGGAAGGCCGCAGGGCUGCCAGGCCGCUAUCUUCCUGGUGCAGCCCGCCCCGGGCCGUCUUCCCCGGCAGAUGUACAACUGUGCAAGGGCGCAGACUCUGUUUACGAGGCUGCCUCGAUCGGACUGUGGAACCUUCUACAACGAAGCCAUUUCGAUGCAGGAACCGGUGGGCGGCUCAAGCCCCUCGUAAUCCACCCAAGCAAUAUUGCCACCGGUGGGUUGAGAGAGGCGGACGAGAUGUUGUUUGAAAUAUCCGAGUGGCAAGGAGGCUCCGAUCCGUUUGCUGGCUUGGAUGAUUCAGGCAACUCCCACAACCCAUCUCCAGACCAGCUGCCUGAGCAUGGAUUGCUCUGGGAAUGUGACAGUGAGUACGUUGAGAAGGACAGGUCAUCGCUUUUCGAAACUAUGGAAGUGCCUCUGGAAAACAACGACAUACUGCCCGUAUUCGACGAGAGUUACACAGACGAGCAGAUGCUUCUCGAUACAGGGGAUGUGGUAGAGUUGGUCCGUGGUGUUGCGUCCGGAACUGUGCCUGAUGCGCAUAGCCUACCUGCAAGGUCAAGACAUCAAGUUUCAACGGCGUGUGAGCGGGAUACGAUGGGAGAAACUUUACUCCUUGAAAACGCAGAGCGGACUGAAACCCCUACACCAGCAGAUGCGUACGACUGCGUACUUGCAGAGCCAGAAAUGCUAUUCGACGCAGACAUUUGA